AUGGUACGAACUAAAAAGCCAAUUGCAGAACCUGGUCCGAAAUCUAGAGGUUCACGAAAGCGAACACAGGAUGAAGACGAAUCUAACAAGGAUAUUCCAACAAAACGACGAAGUGGUCGCGAAACAGCUACGUCGAACUCGAAUAUCAUUGCAGGUAGUCACCGUUCUGAGUAUGACUUUCCUUCGGACGAAGACGAUGUAGCUUCACCCGUGAAAAAGACUCCGAGCAAAAAGAAGCAGCUCCCAACUGCCUCAACACCUAAGAAUAUUGAAGUGUCAACACCUAGAGGCCGCAAGAGAAAUGGCGCAGACCUCGCAACACCGUCUAAAACAAAUGGUAGUACAGCGCAGACACCGAGAUGGAAACGAAACGAUCGCUCCGCAAGGAAGAAGAGCGCUAGGGCCCUAAUCGAACAAGUCGUAGGGGAGAACGGAAGUGACGAAGAAGCAGAUGAAGAUAUUGCGAGAGAGAUUUUUGAAUCAAGUGAGGAUGAGGAAGAUGAGGAGGGAGAAGAGUCUGAUAACAUACCCGAAGAACCCGCGACUCCAUCUGGAAAACCUCGUCGAGGCAGGCCGAAAACGAAGCUUACUACCAAGCGAGCAAGGAAGAAAUCGCCUACUCCGCCUCGAGACCUACCUCCACACGAGCUAUAUUUCGCGCAAAACCGACCGGGGGCUUCGAAGACCUCUAGUAACAAUAUUACAUCCCUAAAACUUCUAACUCACGACGAAUACUUCUCGAUACUACGCGAUUACACAGACCCACACGCCGAAGACGUCGAGUUCCUGGAAUCGAUACAUGUCGAGUCAUUCCCGCAAUGGAUAUUCGAGCUCACUCAGGGGUUUAGCAUAUGCUUAUACGGGUAUGGAUCGAAGCGAGGCCUUCUACACCAGUUCGCCAAAUACACAUACGAGAAAUAUUCGGACCACAUCGCAAAUAAGAUCGUUAUAAUAAACGGAUAUGUGCGAACGAGCUCUUUACGCGAAAUACUGGGUACUGUUGCUGGUGCGGUUAAUCCCGCCCACAAGGUCCCUGCCGGUAAUCCGUCGGCUAUGUUGGACAGUGUGAAGUCUCUGCUCUCGUCUCACGAUGUGGUUGUUACGGUCAUCCUAAACUCUAUCGACGCCUUGCCUCUUCGAAAAGUUGGAACGCAAUCUAUUCUUGCUCAACUGGCGGCUCACCCGAAUAUUCGACUUAUUUGCUCCGCCGACACGCCGGAUUUCCCCCUACUCUGGGAUAGUAGCCUGCGUUCCUCGUUCAACUUCGUGUUCCACGACUGUACGACGUUUGCCCCUUUUACAGCGGAGCUUGAGGUCGUGGAUGAUGUGCAUGAGCUUCUGGGCAGGAAGGCGAGACGGGUUGGAGGGAAGGAAGGUGUUGCUUACGUUCUUCGCAGUUUACCCGAGAACGCCAAAAACCUCUUCCGCCUGCUGGUUGGCGAGGUCCUAGUGGUUAUGGACGACGGGUCUGAUGGCGAGAAUUCCGGGGUGGAGUAUCGCAUGGUUUACAACAAGGCGGUCGAGGAAUUUAUUUGCAGUUCGGAGAUGGCUUUCCGGACGUUAUUGAAAGAGUGUGUUCCUCUCCCCUUUUAUACCCGAAAUAUGUGA